AUGGCGAAAUCAAGAACGAGCCCCAAGACAACAUCACGAAACCCAUCACCACCGCCAAUAUUCCUCUUCCACUACUUGCUCCCAGUCUCUGCACUCACCACCCUCCUCUUCUCCCCCAAAACGCACCGUUUCAGACUCCCCAAACCCUCCUCCUCCUCCUCAUCAUCAUCAUCUCCCUCAAUCCUCCUUCUCUGUUUCCUCUUCUCCCUCACUUUCUUGGGAAUCUCAAUCCUCAAUCUCAUCCCCACCUACUCUGCCAUCAUCCCCUGUUCCCACUCUGCUGCCUCCACUCCUUCCCUCUCCCCCAUUUCCCCGAAAACGUCUUCUUCGGGCUUUAUCGACGACCCGAGGCUGCUUUCGGAUACUGUCAUGGUGCCACUGCCGGCCCAUGGGGCCUUGGGGGCUAAUCUUUCCUCGGAGGAGAAGGAAUUCUGGGAGCAGCCCAAUGGGGAAGGGUUUAGGCCCUGCUUGGAUUUCGGCCUCGGGUAUCGAAUAUCGUCUGCCAAGAUUGUGAAAGAGAGGAGGAGGUUCUUGCUGGUGGUGGCCUCUGGGGGUCUGAACCAGCAGAGGAAUCAGAUUGUGGAUGCUGUUGUCAUUGCUAGGGUUCUUGAGGCUGUUUUGGUUGUGCCUGUUUUGCAGGUCAAUUUGAUCUGGGGAGACGAAAGUGAGUUUUCAGAUAUUUUCGAUGUGGCACACUUCAAGAGGACUUUACAAGCUGAUGUGCGAGUUGUGUCAAAUCUUCCCUCUACACAUUUGAUGUCAAGACAGAAAAUUAUGAACAAGAUCCCUCACGAUGUUACUCCGCAGUGGAUACAUGCCAGAUUCUAUAAUCAACUGAAUCAAGAUGGCCUUCUUGUGCUAAAAGGGCUGGAUUCUAAGCUCUCAAAGAAUCUCCCCCCUGAUCUUCAGAAGCUUCGGUGUAAGGUUGCUUUCCAUGCAUUGAGAUUUGCAGCACCAAUUCAAGCACUAGGGAAUCAAUUAGCAAAGAGAAUGUGGAUUGAAGGGCCUUACAUUGCACUCCAUCUCCGGCUAGAGAAGGAUGUGUGGGUCAGAACAGGAUGUCUCACCGGAUUAGGCCCUGAAUAUGAUGACAUUAUCACAAAGGUUCGGGAGUCUCAACCCGAAUAUCUUACAGGACGAUUGAACAUGACCUACAACCAAAGGAGACUUGCUGGUCUCUGUCCCCUAAAUGCAUUAGAAAUAGCAAGGCUUUUGAAGGGUCUAGGAGCGCCAAGAAGUGCGCGGAUAUAUAGUGCAGGAGGUGAGGCAUUUGGGGAAAGCAGGGCUCUGCAGCCACUUGUGGCAGAAUUUCCAAAUUUGGUGACAAAGGAGAUGUUGGCGAAAGAAGGAGAGCUCUCUCCAUACAUGAACAAGCCUUCAGCUCUGGCUGCCAUUGACUACCUUGUCUCUCUAAGCAGUGAUGUCUUUGUGCCUUCCCAUGGUGGAAACAUGGGCCGAGCAAUGCAGGGUCACCGUGCUUAUGUGGGACAUAGAAAGUUCAUAAAGCCGAACAAGAGAGCAAUGAUGCCUCUGUUUGAAGAUACAUCGAUUAGUGAUGAUGAGUUCGGAAGCAUCAUGAGGGAGCUGCAUAAGUCUCAGGGGAAGCCUGAGCCAAGAGGUUACAUGAGAAACCGAGAUGUGAUUUCGCUCCCUGUGCCUGAGUGCAUGUGUAAACACAAAACAGGCAUUUUCUAGUGCCAUUUUUUUAGGAAAUAAUGUAUCUGUUGUAUCUGAUUUCACCAUUUAUAAUACAAGAAUUCUCCACUCUCAUGGCUAUGCA